AAGAUGCUGGAUAAGGUCACCCUGAUGCUGUUCCUGCAUUUAGUUGCAUGCUCCAUCUCCUCUCCUCUCUACCCAGCUCUCAGGUACAGCCCAGGGCUGGCUGCUGGCAAGGCUGUGAACUUCCAGCUACAGCACAGCAGCCCAAUGCAGAGCCACGACCCCUCAGCAGAGGAGCAGGAGGAGGAGGGUUUGUUAACAGACCCCACUGAGAAAAGGACGCAGCGCCAUGCCGAUGCCAUAUUCACCGACAACUACCGCAAAUUCCUGGGGCAGAUUUCCGCCCGCAAGUUCCUGCAGACCAUCAUUGGCAAGCGGCUGGGAAGCAGUGGGAGCAGCCUGGGAGAAGGGGUGCAGGAGCUCCUGACAAGGCGCCAGUCUGACAGCAUCCUGAUGGACAGCCACUACCACCAGCAAAUGGUACUGAGGGACUUCCUGGGGGCCAUCCUGCAGAGGCAGAGGCCUCAGGACAUCAAGAGCAGUCAGUUAGAAGGCUUUCCCAGCACCCUGGUGAAGCUCAUGUAA